AUAUUUUACUGGAACGUUAAGAACUAUCCAAGGGAAGAUUACUCUCACAGUAUAAACAACAAUGGAGACUUCGGCAAGCAAAUUUACUUUUAUGGCUUUAAAAAAUAAGAAAUUCACUUCGAUCGAAGGGAAAGACAAUCAAGACAACCUUCUAAAAUGGUCCAUGAAAGGCCGAAUUAAAGCAGAGAUGUUUUGUUUUGACCAGGUUUUCCAGGCAUAUGAAAAAGACCAGUUUGUCAAGGAUUUUUUCACAGACAGUAAUGUGUACAACAAUCUUAGUAUUUUGACCGAUAGUGGACGAUGGUCAACUGUAGGCAUUCCAUUAUCAGCUGUUACUGUGGAAACAGUGCCAUGCUCUGUACUGUCCAUGACACUAUUUGAUCGUCUCCAUGACAACAAUAUAGUUAGGGAAUCUGGUGCUAUCUGUAAAUGUCUGGAUGAAUUUUAUGAAGAUUUUACCAUUUCUGAUGAGCUGAGAAAGAUGUUGUUACAAGAAGACAGUGAUCAUUAUGAUACCUAUUCUGAGUCAGACCGAGAACAGUUUUUAUUUUGUUUGUUUAAACACGUCUGUCUGGGAGGACAGGUGUGCCAAUACGAAGAUGAUAUCAAGCCUUAUUUGGACAUGACAAAAGACAUCUAUAAAGAUUUAAUCAGUGUACAGAAAAACAGCGAGACUAAAGUAUUGAAUAUCAUCUCCAGUGUAUUUAAAGUAACUGCAGGGACUGAGAAGGGUCAAGUUUAUCCUGCAAGCGAAGAGCAUGAACAAAACUUUUCAUAUUUAAUUGUGGAUCCUCUAAAACGUCAUGUGACAGUGUUUUAUCAUAGAUUUGGUGCUGCUGUAUUCGAUUCUUAGGAGUGCCAAUUCAACCAUCAAUUUUCUACAGCAUUAUUACUCAUCACAAUUUGAUAUAGACUGAAACAUUUGCCUCUAUUCCAGCCUCUAAUAGCUAUCUUGACAGUUAUUCAGCCUCUGAUAGCUAUCUUGAUAGAUAUCCAGCCUUUAAUAGCAAUCUUGACAGUUAUUCAGCCUUUGAUAGCUAUCUUGACAGUUAUUCAGCCUAUGAUAGCCAUCUAGACAGUUAUUCAGCCUCUGAUAGCCAUCUUGACAGUUAAUCAGCCUCUGAUAGCCACCUUGACUGUUAAUCAGCCUCUGAUAGCUAUCUUGACUGUUAAUCAGCCUCUGAUAGCUAUCUUGACAGUUAUUUAGCCUCUAAUAGAUAUCUUGAUAAUUAUUCAGCCUUUGAUAGCUAUCUUGACAGUUAUGCAGCCUCUGAUAGCUAUCUUGACAGUUAUUCAGAGGCUGAUAGCUAUCUUGACAGUUAUUCAGCCUCUGAUAGCCAUCUUGACAGUUAUAUAGCCUCUGAUAGCUAUCUUGAUAGAUAUCCAGCCUUUAAUAGCUAUCUUG